UCCUCUCAGGAAACCACGUGGUAGUUCUAUACACGCUGCUGUGGAUGUUAGCAUCAUGAACAGACUUCACUGAAUCCUUUUCCCGAUAAAUAUUAUCCAGUUCACAAGUAAUCAUGUCAGGCAAAUCGGAUUUCAAGAUUAAUUCAAAGUUUGCAGAGAAAUAUGACAAAUAUAGACAAAAAGAAGAGUUACAGAGGCUGAAAGACAAAUAUGGCGACCAAGCUGAUGAGAGUGAGUCUGGUUCAGAUUCAGAAUCAGAUGAUGAUAGCGAGGUGGAACUUGACCCCAAAGCUGAAAGGGACUUCUACAGAACAUUGUCUCUGCUGAAGAAGAAAGAUCCUAAGAUCUAUCAGACUGAUGCAACAUUCUACACGGUGGAACAUGCAUCCAUUGGGGAUGAUGCCCAGCCUUCAACUUCAAAGAAAACCACAGAGAAGCCAAUGUAUCUGAAAGACUAUGAGCGAAAAGUUAUCUUGGAAAGGGGAGGUAAAUAUGAGGAUGAUGAUGACGAGGAGAGUGAUGAUGAAGAGGCUGCAAAGAGGAGAGAGAGAGCUGCAUCUCCAAGUUACAUCCAGGAGCAGAGAGAAUUGAAAGAGAGCUUCCGUAAAUUCAUACAGGACAGUGAUGAGGAGGGCAGUGAAGAGGACUUUCAGCUGCUGAAGAGGAGGAGCAAAACUCAGGAAGAGAAGGAUAAAGAGGAAGAGGAUUAUGUGGACUGGCUGAAAGGCCAGGCAGAGCUGGGGGGCCCAGAAGUGGUGCAGGACAUGAAAUACUUGAGGGACUAUUGGAACGACCCAGAGCUGGAUGAGAAGGAGUGUUUCCUUAGGGAUUUUGUCCUGAAUAAGGGCUACAUGGAGAAAAAUGACGUGGACGGGAUCCCCAGCUAUGACGAGGUGGUGAAUGAUGACGUGGAGGACUCAGAAGAGGAUGGGGAGUCGUUCUUGGAGCGCCAGGAGGACUUUGAAAGACACUACAACUUCCGCUUUGAGGAGCCUGAUGCCCAGAAGAUCAAGACUUACCCCCGUACCAUUGCCACCUCUGUCCGCUCCAAAGACGAGCGCAGGAAGCUCAAAAGGGAGGAAGUGAAGGAUAGGAAGAAAAGGGAGAAGGAGCAGAAGCAUGAGCAGCUGAAGCAGCUGAAGAACCUGAAGCGUAAUGAGAUCAUGCAGAAGCUACGGCGGCUGCAGGAGCUGACAGGCAACGAGCAGCUGGCCUUCAGUCAGGUGGACCUGGAGGGAGACUUUGACCCCCAGCAGCAUGACCAGCUCAUGCAGAAAUUCUUUGGUGAUGAAUAUUAUGGAGAGGAAGAGGGGGAGAAGCCCCAGUUUGAAGUUGAAGAGCUAGAGGGUGAACACUGGAACUGGGACACAUGGACAGGAGAGGUUGGAGACAAGGAAUAUGGUGGUGAAGAAGAGGAGCAUGAAGGAGAAGAGUAUGACCAGCCAAACUGUGAAGAUCCAGACUUUAUUAUGGAUGCAGACUAUGAUCCCAGUCAGCCAAGCACCUCCAAGAAGCAGAAGAAAAAGGAGAAGAUGAAGGUGGAUGCCCCGCUGAUGGGAAAGAAGAGAAAGAAGUCUCAUUUUGCUGAGGUCAUUACCCAAAACAAGCCUGUGUUUGACCCCCAGGAGAAGUCCUUUGAGCAGUACCUGGACGAGUACUAUAAGCUGGACUAUGAGGACAUCAUAGACGACAUCCCCUGCAGGUUUCGCUACAGGCAGGUCCUGGCCAAUGACUUUGGCCUGUCCACUGACGAGAUCCUGGGAGCAGAUGAGAAAGAGCUGAACCGCUGGGCCUCGCUAAAGAAGACCUGCAUGUUCAGGUCUGACAAGGAGGAGAUGAGUGAUUUGCAGAACUACAAAAUCAAAGGACAAAAUGUGAAGAAAAAGAUAGAAGUAUUGAACUCUUUCUAUGCUGAGGAGGACAAAGCAGAGGGCAAGACCAAAGUGGGCAAGAAGAGAAGAGACAGGAUGAAGAAUGCAGAGAAGGAUGACAAGGAUUUGGAGGAUGAUGAUGAUGAUGAUGAGUCUGGACCCAGUCAGGAAAGCUCUGCAUUGGACUCUGGUGAGGGGGUGGUAGUCCAGGCACUGAGAGAGGCAGGAGACCAGGAAGAGGAGUUCCUGGUACCCAAAUCCAAGAAGUUGAAACUGGAGCAGGAAACAGUUGCUUCCACUCAGGAGACUGCCAACGCAAGGACUGAAAGGCCAAAAUUGCCCAAGAAGAAAAACAGGCACCCAGGAAGCCGCCUCAUGUCGGGGAAGGGGCCCUUCAGGGUGAAAAUGGGUGGGCGAGAGUUCAGCGGACAGAGACUGAAGGCCUAUGGACUGAAUCCCAAGAGACUGCACUUCAGGCAGCUUGGCAGGCAGAAACGAAAGGCUCAAGAGAAGACUGAGAAGCAAGGGAUCAAGGAGUGAGGGAUCCCUUGCAGGGUCGUUACAAUACUAUAAAUCAUUGGUUCCCAACCAGGGGUACUUGGCCUAUCCACGGGGUAUUUGAGAAUAGACCAUAGGUCUACUGGUAAAAUGCACACGUGGGGUAUUCCGGGCAGUGCAAAAUUCAGUUGGUGGUACAGUAAUCGAAAAAGGUUGGGAACCACUGCUAUACGUUGUUCGUCUAACGAAAGUUAAACUCCGUGGGUCCAUCGGGUUCCAUUGUGUAAAAUAAAUCGUGCAAUCAUGACAUUGGCGCCCCCAUGUGGAUCUAGCCAAUCACAACUCUGGAUAUUUUUGGCGCUUUCUAUUAAUUCGAUAUUUUCAAAUGUAGGCAUCUACUUAUUGUGUAUGUGAAUAAAUAUUUUACAUUUGUCCUGUAAUUUAGUUUUUUGUUUAGAAAUAAAAAAUUCCGUCAGGCACUUUCGCUGACACCUCAUGUUAGCGCGCGCGUUCGCAGGACAAAUUUGAAUUACGGAAACGACUGAAGUGAAGCAAAACUCAGUGGACUGUUUACAUUCGGCAAAACACGAAAAGACGUGUCACCAUGCUUCAGGAUGUUAUGGACACGGGAGAGUCGAUGGUCAAAAUACUGAAAAGCAGCAAAGCUGACGAUGAAUUAAGAAAAGUGAGAGAAAAACAGCAGUCUUUCUUUGAGCGACACAUGGACACGAUGAAAACCAUCACACUGGUGUUAAACGGUGUAGUUCAGUGUGAGGAUGAGGCGAGCCAGAAGCUGCUGGGCAUGGAGGGGCAGAAGAGCCAGGCAGAGUGGGAACUGGACAGUCUGGAGCAGGAGCUGCAGCAGUAUACAGCAAGGAGCCAGAACAUGGACUCAGAACUACAGUAUCCUUCACUCAGUCAUGCUCUGUCUCUACACAGAACAAGUUCUGUGAACCCCUCCUGUCUCAGCCUCCAGUAUUUAUGCUGCAGUAGUUUGUGUUGGGGGGCUAGGGUCAGUUUGUUAUAUCUGGAGUACUUCUCCUGUCCUAUCCGGUGUCCUGUGUGAAUUUAAGUAUGCUCUCUCUAAUUCUCUCUCUCGGAGGACCUGAGCCCUAGGACCAUGCCUCAGCACUACCUGACAUGAUGACUCCUUGCUGUCCCCAGUCCACCUCGCCGUGCUGCUGCUCCAGUUUCAACUGUUCUGCCUGUGAUUAUUAUUCGACUAUGCUGGUCAAUUAUGAACAUUUGAACAUCUUGGCCAUGUUCUGUUACAAUCUCCACCCGGCACAGCCAGAAGAGGACUGGCCACCCCACAUAGCCUGGUUCCUCUCUAGGUUUUGGCCUUUCUAGGGAGCAGUCACAUUCUACCCAGAGCUUGUCCAUUGCUGCAGGCUGACCAGGCUGCCAUCCAUUGCUGAAAGUAGUUUGAGAUUUCAGGUUAUAUGCCAUACAGCAAGGAGAGGUUGGAGUUGAGGAGUAGUAGAGGAUGGAGUUGAGGAAGCGAGGAGUCGAACAGCACCAAUUGAGAUUCUCCCCGUGUUGGUUUCCUUGACCUGUUCCUCAGGUUCCUGCAGAGGAAGCUGGAGAGUCUGCGUGACUCGGAGCAGGAGCUGCAGACCCUGCAGCAGGAGGUUGAUGAUGACACUACGGAGGUCAUCCCAUCAGCCAUAUACGUGGCCCAGUUGUACCACAAGGUGACCAAGAUCAAGUGGGAGUAUGACAUGGAGCCACACAUUCUGAGAGGAGUGCACUAUGGAGCUGACCUGGCCACACCAAUCAACAUAGACACCACUGUGCGGUCUCGGUGUUCAGUCAGUGAUGAGCUGUGGAACUUUGUCAACACUGAAUGGUAGAAGAGAUCAAAGGAAAGUUGCCAUAUUUGUCCAGUAGUUGUUUGUCCUGUAGUUGGAUUGUCUGUGUGUUGUAAUACAUUUGUUUUAUACUAAGAUUGUAUUCCUAUUGUUGGUAUUGACUUACAUGACAUUUUGUUAUAUUGAAUAAAGUACUUUUCCUAAACAUCA